GUGUGUGGCUCACCUAUAUACAUAUAUAUAUAUAUAAAUAUACCUAUGCUGGCCCUGGCCCCGCCCACCACGCCGCCCCCUCGAAAUGCACCGUUAGCCGCGAAAUCGAAAUCGAAUCGUUUUGCUGCAACCGCAAUGCUGUCAAACGGCUCUGCUGGCGUCGCUGCUGACGUUGACGUCGCCGCCGGCGUCGCUGGCGACUGUGAUGAGCGAACGCUUUUGCUAAGCGAAGAGAUUGUUGUUGCGCCGCUGCCUGCGUCGACGUUCUCUGCCGGCGUCGCUGCUGCUGCGCCGCCAACGUCGCUGCCUUUGGUGCACACUACAGCAACCACAACAACAACGCAACAAAACAACAACAAUGUGAACAACAACAAUAAUGGUUCGCUUGUGGUCAGUGCGAAAAACAUGGCUAAUAAUAAAAGUAAUAAGAAUAACAGCAAAUGCAAAAACAACGAGGCCAGCAGCAGCAACAACAACAAUGCAGCGGCAGCAGCUGCAGCGCCUACAACAACAACAACAACGACGACGACAGGAGAAGAACCGGUAACAGCAACAACAACAACAGCAGCUGAUGAUGAGGAUAUAUCUAGCGAUCUGAGCGAUAAAUUCCCACGCCCCCAAAAGAAACCCGGCAAACUGAGCAAAUUGGGCACCAAAAGCGUCGGCCUCAAACGCGUCUCCUUUGGGUCCUCGAAGGGCUCGAUGGUGGAGACACUCGUCUUCGAGACGCCGACGCCGUUGUCGGAGCACAUGGAGUCCACUUUUGGAUUCGAUGCGGCAGCGAAUUCUGCUGCCGAUACCGCCGCUGCCGCCGCUGGUCAGCCGCAGCUGGCGUCGCAUCUGCCGCUGGCCGGUGGCUACAGUGGAGACUAUGCCAAGGGGACCAUGGAUGACAGCGGCAUUGAAGUGCAGGAAGAAUCGGAGCGUUCGAUAGUGCGCGUUUCAAUCUACCAAAGCAGCCAGCCGCAGAUAAUCUGUCCACCGGCGGAGUAUCUGGAGUAUCCGGAGUACAACUACAGUAGCAACCUCCUAGACUACACUACGAUGGCCACGACGGCGGCGGGGAUCCCACAGCAGCAGGUGAUUGGCCUGGGUGCGGCCUACGAUCGACAGCAAAGCACCGAUUCCGGCUGGGACAAUCCCUUUCGCCCAGGCGGCGAUCUGUCUAGAGAGGCUGAUGAAAUUGUCAACAUGAUCAGAGGUGGCAAGCCUAUCACACCCACAGAGGAGCGUACAAUUGGCAACGGGAGCGCCCAGCAUGCGGACGACAAUUGCAACGGCGGCACGGCGAUCGGCGAGAGUGUAACCAAAUCAAAUCUCUCGCAGAAUCUAGCAACAGCACAAAAUGGUACAAAUUCCCAUGCCUCUGCAACUGCCGACGCUGGCGCCGGAAAAGCAGCGACGGCGACCGAGCUGAGCGGCGGAAACGGGAACGGAAACAAUGGAGUCACCUCGCUGGGACAGGUGUCCAAACAGGUGGUUCCCGGACCGACGUCCGCUAGUCAUGUGGUCAUUGACGAGAAGAAGAACAAGAAGAAGGGCUGCUGUGUCCUUCAAUAAUUUGGGGGAAAACAGCGGCGGGGGGACGACAGCAGAUUAGGGGGCGGUCAUUUUACGGCUAGCCGUGUUUUUUGAUGUUAAUGUUUUUUUUGGACGAAAUGGAGCCGAGCUGUUGAUACUUUGCAUGCCGCAUAAAUCGCUUUGCUUCGCUUUGCAAGACGACGAGACCCUAAUACUGAGACCGAGACCGAGAUUGAGAUUCUUGCAACACAAUGAUAAACUAGAAGAACAUUAGGAAAACCAAGCUCUCUGACCAGCAGCAGCAGCAGAAGAUUAUCAAGAAUGUUGUAGCGGCACCAGCCGGCAGCCACAGUGAGAACCAAAAUGUAUGCAACACCCAGCAACUGUUGCUCCAGCUUCGAGAAUAACAAAAAUCCAAAAUUUGAAUUGUAAAUCUGACGACCACACUUAUAUAUGUUUAUAUAUAUAUCUGUUAGUCUGCAGGCGAUGCUACACACUGCAAUUCACCAUUAUUAUAUAUACAUACUCUUUUUUUUCCUUUUUGUGUAAUGUGGACUCGACCUGCAUAUGUGUAUUAUAAAAAUUAUUGUAUGCAUAUAUGUGAAUUUAUUUUUUUUUUGUAAUCGUAAAAUUUAGUGCGGCUUUUUUAAAAAAUGAAAAGGAUGUAGGGACGUUUAACAAGUAAAAUCUAAAAGGACAAAAAAUAACGAAAAACGUUUUGCUUGCAUGCAUAAUGGAUACAAAAUCGAAAAAAAAAGGAAUGCAAAAAAAAUUAACAUAAAGAAUAAUGUAUUUAUUUUUAUUUAUAUAAUGACGACGAAGCAGAUGAAAGUAAAUUAAAUGUUAAACCUUAAAACAAAUAUACACAUACACACGUACAUAUACAAAAUACACACACACACACAUACGCAUAUAUAUUAUACGAUAUAUGAGAUGAAAUGAAUGACGCAAUAAAGCAAAACGAGAUGAACCGGAAAUAGUAGAAAAAAAAACUAAUUAAAGAAAUCCCAAUUUUCUAAGGCUAAA